UAUUUGCCUAUCGAAAGAAUCACAGGGUGACCAUUAAAAGGACGUCAAAAGGAACUGUUUGGUUUCAUCAAUCUAUUAAACUAGCAUUCAUAUCCUAGUCACUCAUUCACUUUAAACAAAACAAUUUGUUACGUUUAUGCAAUAAAAAGGCUGCGCGACGUAGUCUGCAUAUAGGCAAUUUAACACUGCGGAGAAAAGCUGUGCUUUUGAGAAGCUGCGCGAGAUCAAACCCAUACAGUCGGAAAGAGUAUGGAGGGCUCUACAAAAAGGGAUUGAAGGACUGAUCAAUAAGCCAGACCCGAGACAUAUUUACAUAUGUAUGCUUGAACUGCUCUCCUUGUCAAUUAAUACCAACAGCUAGACCUGGGAAGCUUAUGCAUAUGAACAUAGAUGACUUUGCACCGCCCACCGAAGACUACGGAUUUGGCAUUGCGCAGUUCCAGAAGAAAUUGAAAGACGGUAAAGUAUUUCGCAUCGUCAGUCUCAAUGAGAUUCCUCCUAGCUCGGCACGUGCCUUGCUUACGAUUUGCGACACUUACAGCCCCAUUGCAGCAGACGCAGUCAUCUUUCUUACGCUGCAGACAUUCAACACGACGGAUUCUGGAAACUCGGUUGAACUGGCCUGGAAAACGCUGUUCGAACUGUGGGGCACUCAUCUCGCAGACAACGAGCUUGAUCCCCUUAUCACGCGUGUCACCGACCAGGUGCUUCAUCAAAAGGGCAAGAUCUAAGCUGUUUUUUUGUUUAAACCUUGUUUUAGACAAAAUACAAUAAAUGGGAGUACUUACAAGUAGUUAA